AUGGAUGCAGCGGAGGAUGAUCAAGAUGUGAAGCUGCAACGAGCUUCUGCGGACCUUCUAGCAGACUUUCAAAGCUCCAUUACGCCUUUCUUAUGGAAGACGAGGAAGUCAGGCAAGACACAGAUCAGGGACCAAGUUCGGUCCAGAGAUACGGAGAGAUUGGUGAACCUGCUUGAACCUUUCCAAGAGCUACCCCAGCUUCUCGAUCCUCACCUCGACAAGUUUGUACCGCUCCUGGCGGACGCAUUCCUGGCUUCGUUACAGGCCCCGAGUUCGAAAACUCCUCCAAUAAACGCGCAUCUCCUCAUGCCAAUAUCGAAAGCGAUUUGCAAACUUUUAUACACAUUCUGUAAGAUCAGAGGAGACAAAGUCAUUGUCCGAUUCUGGAGCACAGAAAUAAAAUAUCUGGAACUACUCUUGACAGCCCUCGAGUCAAAUAAGCCUGCAGAACCUUUAGAGGACAAGGACACUGCAGCAUGGGACUGGGAGGAACGGUACAUUACGCUGCUAUGGCUCUCUCAACUUCUCCUAGCUCCUUUUGAUUUAGCCAGCAUUUCGUCCGGGGAUCUCGAUGAGAUUGCAAAACCAACCAUCCUCGGAUUAUUGUGGCCUCCGGACGUCCCUACAAUAACUGUGCGAGCGAUAUCCCUUGGCAUACAAUACAUUUCGUCAUCUGGUAAGGAGAGAGAUGCCGCAAAAGUCUUGUUGGUGCGCAUUGCAAUGCGACGAGAUAUGCAAAGCAUUGGUAUCCAGGAAGCUCUGAUGCAAUGGGCGAUACGCGCUCUGCAAUUCACUACUGACUUAGAUCAUUCCACUUACUAUUACAUUGGGGUACUUUCAUUCCUCGCUGCUAUUCUCAUAUCGUCGGUUGGUACAACGAACAUGGAUUCUUUCACCAAACGGAUCUUUCGAGUUAUUCAGAACAUUACCACUGAGGACUCGGCAAUGUCCAAGAUGAUUCGUGGGUCUGCGGUUGCUCGUAAGGCUAUCGUCAAGAUUCUAAGGACAAUUGUCGUUCUCUUACUGCAGCAUCCAGACCCUUCAGAAGAUCCAAUCGAAUUUACAAUUGGUCAUAUGCUGGACUCUCUGGGUGAUUCGGCAACACCUGUAAGACUGGCAGCAAGCAAAGCUUUGAGCAUCAUUACUCUAAAGCUACCAGCAGACAUGGCCCACCAAGUCGUCGAGGAAGUUCUCGAUAGCCUCAAAAAGAAUGUUUUGUGGAAAACUAAAGGAGGCCAUGAUACGAGGAACUUAUCUCGUGUCAAUCCGUUGGAAUGGCAUGGUCUCACUUUAACCUUGUCACAUUUACUCUAUCGCCAGUCUAUCCCAGCUGGAGACCUUGCACCUGUUCUCGACGCCCUUCGUCUUGCCCUCUCAUUUGAACAGCGAUCCACUUCAGGAUCAUCAAUUGGCACAAACGUUCGUGACGCUGCAUGUUUUGGAAUUUGGGCUGUUGCUCGAAGAUACAAGACAGUAGACCUACAAGAGCUUCAUCUCUCUCCAGAUAUCACCACUAUCUACCACGUUGAGGCCACUGUUUCGGCUUUGCAGACACUAGCAAACGAUCUGGUUGUCUCUGCGUGUGUUGAUCCUGCCGGAAAUAUUCGUCGUGGUUCUUCUGCUGCGUUGCAAGAACUUAUCGGUCGUCAUCCUAAUAUAAUCUCAGAGGGUAUUCAAGUCGUUCAGGUGGUCGACUACCAUGCUGUCGCGCUCAGGACGAGAGCUAUCAGCGAUGUGGCUCUCAAGGCUGCUCAACUUUCUGAAGACUAUCGUGAAGCAAUCUUGCGAGCCCUCUUGGGCUGGCGAGGAGUAAAAGAUGCAAAUCCUGCUAUCCGAAGAGUUGCUGCUAAUACUGUUGGAGAGUUGGUCUGGUUACGACACCUCGCGACAUCUCCGUCUUGGCGAGCUGUUCAGAGUGCAAUUGACGAGAUUGCCAGGCAAGUGACGAGGCUUGAGGCUCGAGAAUUCAGCGAACGUCAUGGACUUAUACUCGCCUUUUCCGCUGUAGUAGUUUUAGUGAACUCUCAGCUGUCAGCUGAGAAGCUUCACGACGAGUUUCAUCGAAUUCUGCAUGAAGCUCCAGCAGCUACGGAUGAGAGUGGCCUUUACACCACGAUCGUUAACAUCAAUGGUUAUCAGGUUGAGUUCUUCAAAGAGCUAAGGGAGCGAGUACAAAGCUCGAGACAUCAGGAAAUAUUAUCCGAGGCGUUCGCUGAAUUGAUGAUUGCCACAAGCCAAAUCCCACAACGUCUUACCCUUUUCGGAAAGUUCGAAGCAUCGAGGACGACAAAGACCUUGAAUCUUUCACAAUGCGGUUCGGAAUGUUGGAUUCGACAACUCAUAAUGACCCCUUUAGAUUUGAAGUCAAAUCCUCAUGAGUUUACGGUAGUCACAGAGUGCACUCUUCUCUCCAUGUUCGUGAGCAGUGCAACCAGUGCUGCCAACUUCGGCAUCCUUGCCGCUGCCGCUGAAAGCUUCGUCCUGCUGGAAAGUGGACUGGUUGAAAAGACCCCUGACAGCUCCGGGAUGAUCGGACAGUGGAUAGUCAGAGCCGUGAGAGGACGCGGCAGCAAAGAUUUGGUAUACAUCCACGUUUUGAUACCGCUAUUUCCUUUGAUGAAAAGUAUGGUUCGCGAUUCCGUCACUCUGGAGAAAUUCAGGACCAUUGUUUUGGGGAAAAUGGAUGAUCCGACAAUAGAUAGAAUGACGAAGGACUGGCAGUUUCUCUGUCUGCACGCCAUUAUGAACAGAUGGGAACAAGAUUCGGCAGUGGAAACUCGUGCCGCCAUUCUAGAGUGUCUAGCUCGCAAUGGUAUCAGAGAAGAUCUCCCCACUAUGCUUCAGAUCCAUACGGGAGCCUUCAUACGACUGAUCGAAGCAGGAUUGCAGGACUUCACAACUACUGCUCGUGGUGAUGUUGGAUCACAAGUUCGAAUCGCCGCAGCUCGUGCAGCUACUGCUAUCCUCUCCAGCCCGAUGACUGACUAUAUCCGGGAACUUCUGGAGCAAAUGGUUGUGGGUGGUCUUCUUCGGAUUGCGGCAGAAAAACUUGACAAAGUACGAGUCGAGGGACAGAAAGUGCUUGCCCAUUUGAAUGAUCACACUUCGAAUCUCACCUCACUAGCUCCGUCAUCUCAGGAGUACUUUUCUACGCUUCUCAAUCUACAGAUCCAGGAAUGGUGGACUGCAUGUCCACGAAACACAGGUUGGGCUAUAUCGCUCUUGGAAGGGUAUAUAACAUCAGCAGACACCGGAUCCGAAGAUUUGGUUCGUGCUAGCCGAGCUGCACUGGUCGACUUUUGCAACAGUGGCCACGAUACCAUUAUAUGUGAUCAGUUAUUCCAGCUGGCCAAGAAAUCAAAAGUCGAUCGAGUCCUGAUCCCAACACUCGAGACGAUCGGCUUUCUAUUUGACAUGGGAAUCAUGCAGAGAAACCCACCAAGAUACGUUACCCCGAGUUAUCUACCUGAAUCACGUCGCCCAGAAAAUACUUGGGAAGAGUUUUGCGACGUCAUCAAAGCCACACAUCUCAAGUCCAGCAAUGUGAGAAAGCUGCAAGCUGUAGUUAAGAUUUAUGGUGGCUUGAUCGAAGUAUACCCUGAGGCUACGACAAAGCUGAGCAGUAUGCUGCUGCAUUCAUUUCCCCAGAUCAGGAAUGCGGUUGCUGAUGAGUUGUGGGUUGCUAAGGAAGUGGGAAAAGGGGUUGAUUGGGCGAAGGCUGGACGGAAUGAUUUGAUUAAGUUGAGGAAGGAGAUCAAGCAGCGGAGGGAGGAGGAUGCUUCGCCGUGA